AUGUCCACCCACAACAUCUCCGACGCCGACUUGACUCGACUCCUUCAACAGCGACUUGGAGGAGAUCGUCAGCUAGUCGAUCAGUGGGUCCAGCAAAUCGUAGCUCCUCUUCCUCCCAUGCCUGGUCGACCCGCCAUGGCUUCGAUUGAGCAACCUAGAGCUUCUACGGAACAACCUAGGGCUCCUUAUGCUCCCAUUACCCCUAUAGACCAGGUCGACCAAUCGGCUUCAAACAACGCCGGUCUCAGGCCCUCGCAGAGCGCUGUUGCGAUUGAACGACAACAUACAGGAUACCCUCACCCGAGUCAAAUGAUCACAACCUUCCCCCCGCCCAAUCCCCCUAGCGGAUCAGCUACUGGCUCUACUCAACGGUUCCGGAAUGGAAGUUUCCAGAUGGCUACGGCUCGGGGCCUUCAGAAAAAGGCUACGGUAGCCCAAGCUAAGCCUUACCUCAUUGGCAAGACUUACAAUCGGGUUACCUAUAUUGGCUGUGGGUCUAUCCUUCGCAGGGAGGUCAUGUUAUGGAACAAGGCAAAGCCGAAGGCCGGCGCUAUGUUUGCCGAGGCCACAGAGACGACUGGGUACAGUCAGUUAAUCGACCUGACACCCGACAUGAACCCUACCGACAUUGCGAAGACUGUGUUGGACAAAUUUAGGGCCAAACAUGGGUCUCGCUUCCUUAUCAAACCCUUUUUAUGGGCCAAACUGGGUCAGGGCACGACUCGUUUCCACCCCGAGACGCUUGGACGGGCCUAUGAAUUCACGCUUAAGGAUUUACAGAAGAUGUAUCACAACUCUUCGUCAAUGUACAUCAUCGAGGAAGGGUGGGAGUUCCCUGCAAACGACUCUCCCGGUUGGAGAUACCAGAUCACAGCCGCUCAUAAGCAGGAAGGCGACAUGUGGGAAGAGGAUUUAGUGUUAUAG